AUGACCCAAUGGUGCAGACGCUAUUCAAAGGAUUAUAUUAUACAACUCGAGGACCAGAUCGCCGAGUUGAGAAACACUGUGGCAAAUAUGCAAGCAGCAUACACUCAAUCGAAGUCGCAGUCACAAACGGCGCAUUGGCCCACUGUUGCAUCCGGCUCACCAUUACAAAUGCAAGGGCAGUCUCAACCACAGCCACUACUGCAGCCCCAAGCUUCCGACUCCUUGAGUUCACCCACAUUGAUUACGGAUGACUCCAGCGCCGUUGGAGAAAGGCGCAGCAAAGGCACACCAGAGUCAGAGCCAGGCGAGAGCCUUAUCAGCCGGUUAUGUGAGGCUCAAGGACGACUCAACAGCAAGGACGACGGCCAACUACGAUAUUUUGGACCAACCUCUAGCCUUCAUCUAACUGAGAGCGUCACGUCGAUCUUCAAAUAUUGCAGUGACGUUUCCAAAUUUGGAGCGGACCUUGAGAAAGACGUGCCUUGGGCGAUGCAACAAUAUCUCCUAGAUCUAUAUUGGAAAUAUCAACACAACAUCCUCCAUAUCAUUCACAAGGAAGCAUUUCUCGCCGCAAUGCAAACUCAGCAAGGCCCAUACUACAGUCGUUGUCUGCUUCUGUGUCUGCUGGCCUCUGCUGCUCGCAUUUCUGUUAGUCCUGAGAUUAGAGCACUGUCUGUGCCAGCAGAUGACGACGAAACCGGCGAGAAGCCGAUAUUGACCAGACAAGCCGAGGAGGCUUUGGAAGAGGAGCUCUUGAAUCCUGGUUUGACAACCAUUCAGUCGCUGAUGCUGCUUAGUAUCCUAGACUGUUGUCAGUCGAAUGACUCCUCAGGAUGGAUGCGAUCAGGAAAUGCAUGCCGACUGGCUUUUGACCUUGGACUUCACGAGAAUUGGUCUCGUAUACCCAAUACUAAGCUUUCACCCCUCGACUUUGAGGUCAGGCAGGUCGUCCUUUGGGGCUGCGUAGGCUUUGACAGGCUUUGGUCACUUUAUCUCGGCCGGCCCCCAGUCAUCAAGUUGAGUGACGUGUCCAUUGAACGCCCAAAUAGAAAUGCCCCAACGUGGGAUAUGAAGAUGUUUGCAGCUUGGGCCGAACUGCUCGAGCUUUCAGGUCAUAUCAGCGAGAAAUUGAAUACGAAUAGCUGCUUCCAAGAACAAAUUGAUUUCUUCACAGGAGCGCUACAAAAAUGGGAUGCCAGCCUUGAUCAUUCCUUAACGUUCUUUCCAAAUGCACCUCCAGGCAUAUAUCUGCUACGAAUCCAAUACUCGGCUUUAACGAUUCUGGUGAACAGGCAUAACGCGGGAUUCGGCAAUCCAGAGAAGAGGAAAUGCCAGAACUCAAAUAAGUCGCGCAGAAUCUGCGUCGAACAUGCUUUCAUGAUCUCGAAUCUGGUCCUGAACUACACGACUCAUCACGGCGAGGCCAACACGAUGCUAGGCUCCGCCCUGUACAAUAUUACGAUGGCCGCUACCAUCUUCGUCGCGGAGAUCAAUGAAAGGAACCGACACGACGUAUCUGACGAAACUGCUGCUUUAGCAACAUGUCUAAGAGCCAUGAGAGAGAUGGAGAGUGCGGAGAUCGUGGCCCGAAAUCUUCGUAAAAUUCUACAGUCCAUCAUGCGAGUGUGUCGGGUCUGUGACCUUCCUGAUUAUGGAGACCCUAUGGACCGCUCAACCGCAUGGCGACAGCCGAACGCAGAGACAGACCUCGGUGGAACCGAUGCGACGGUUGCAAUUCCUAUCACCAGACGAAGAGAUGACGGCACUAAUGACAACGACACUGAUUUCACCAGCCUAAAUUUUGAUCCAUCAGCAUUCGAUGGAGUUUUCCAGCUACCCUUCGACGAAUCCUUGCUAGAUCCAUCAUCAGUGAGUGCGUUUUUGGCAUCGUGA